AUGAGUGGCAGAGUAUUUGAGAAAUGUUUGGAUGAAUGUUACCAUUCUCUUCACAAAAAUAUUUAUUUACACACCCUUAUCAUUCCAUAUAAUGAACUACUAAAUCACUUUACUAUUGAAGCAGAUAAGCGAACGAUUCAUCCCAUAUGUAGUGGUGGUUAUGUGGUUGUAAAAAGCGAGUCUUCGUUGAGACUGCUAGUUCAUAGUUUUCAAAGAUAA